GUAGGUCUAAGUGGCAAGGAGUGGGACUCUCGUCGUGCACCUUAUACCACGAUGGAUGACUAUCUGAUGUAUGGGUUGCUUGUGGGGUUCUCCCUUUGGGAGACCCUAUGGCGUCUCCUCUUUCCUCUGGAAUUUUGGCCCACUUUCACGUGUAAAGUAGGGACUCGGGGUGGUACUUCCACCCAACCUUACGCGAAGGAGGAGGAAGAGAAGAUGGUCGCCAUCCUGCAUGAGAGAAAAGAGAAGGAGGCCAAGAAGAAGGCCCUGCAGGAGGAGCAGGCGACAAAGUUGAAGAAGAUAGAGGAAGAGAUGGCUAAAGAGAAGGAGAGAGUAAAGAAAGAAGAAGAGGAGAAGCUGAAAGAGGUGGAAGAGGAAGAAGAAGAGGGAUUGCCACUGGAAAGAAGGAGAGGACAGCACAGUGGCAGCAAGGAUGAAGCAAUGGAGAAGCGGAUUUCGGAGUGGGCGAUGGAAGAUGAAACGAGGAUGAUGUGGAAACUCGCAAUGAUGAGGGAGAAGAAAAGAAGAGUGGAGGCGGCCAGCGAGGCGGUUAAAGAGCUGGAGGAGGUGCAAAAACUAACUCUACGAUUGACCCCCCAGGUAGAUCUCCAACAAAAGGUGGAGAUUAUUGCCCAAAGCAUUGAGCGUUUGGCCCGAGUGCAGGAACAACAAUAUGAGUUUAGUCAAAGUCAGGACAUAGCUGUGCGCUCGAUGCGGAUGGGAUUCCGGGACUUUGCUCGUGAAUUGGUAGGCAUUGUAGGAGCCGAGGUGAAUCAUCGCCUCGAGAAGACUGAGCGUUUUUGUGUUGGCGCCAUUGAAGGCGUCAAGGUGGCAGCUCCCAAGGAGGGCGAGCCGCGUCCUCGUAGGGAGCCAGUCAAAGUUAAGUUCCCUGGUUCCUACACUGGAAAGAGGGAAGAAAACUUUGACAAUUGGGAGGCCAAUGUCAAGACCUAUGUGCAUUUGCAACAGGUCUCCCCGGAUCAGCAUGUCUUGAUUGCGAUCCAUGCGCUUAAUAACGAAGCUGCCAGUUUUGCAAGGUCCCUAGUUCGCGCCGCCAACUGCAAUGAUGAUGCAGUUGCCUAUUCGUCAUUCACCCCUCUCACUGAGUUUAUGAAAUUGUUGCGCGAGCGAUUUGCUGAUGUCACUCGAAGUGUUAAAGCCUCAGACAGGCAGCAGACGAUCCACUCUCGCCAGUGGAAGAGUGCCAGGGCACUCAAAAGCAGAAUGGAUGAGUUAGUGGUUGUACCUGACCACGGGGUCACUGAUACCCAGUUGGUUGCCCUCUUCUAUCGGGCUAUGCCCGAAGCCUUUCGAGGGCACUUCUUCGCGAAGAGCGAAGACCCUGCCACCACCUAUGAUUCCCUUAGCCGUGAGGUGGUAGCCUUCGAGGCAAAGUCCGCGUCAGUUUCCACUUUCUGGCACAAGGACUUGGACAAAGGCAAGAAGUGGAAAGGCCGCACUAUCUUUGGGCAAGUGAAGACUAAGGAUAGUCUCGUCCUAACCUUAGACGAGGGUAGUGUGGAUGAGAUCCCCUACGACCAGAUUGAGUGGGGGUUAGAGGAGGAGGACAGCGAUGCGGGCCAGGGGAGAACUUACGCUGCUAUCGCGGUUGGAGGGAGGCCGCAAGGAGGAGGACGAGGCCAAGGCCAAGGGGGCCGGGCCUCACGGGGCCGGUUUCAAGGCGAUCAGGGGGGUGGCGACAGAGGAGGAAAUCGCCAAGUGGGAGGAAGGGGUCAAGGUCCCCCGCAAAACCGUCCUAGGAACAGGUCUCCGUACAGGGUAGGAGGUUGGCACCCGGGGUUACCCCAGGGGACAGUGCCGCGGCCCAUCCAACACCGUAUUGAGAUAGAGCCUCGCAGUAUAACUCCUAAGGGCGCUGUGUAUAGGAUGUCCCCGUGGGAGUUGGAGGAGCUUCGCAAGCAAUUGGACGAGCUCCUUGAAAAAGGUUGGAUUAGGCCCAGUUCAUCUCCUUUUGGAGCACCUGUUCUCUUUGUCCCCAAAAAGGAGGGAGAGCUAAGGAUGUGUAUAGACUAUAGGGGUCUGAAUGCUAUCACCGUGAAGAAUGUUGAGCCACUGCCUAGGAUAGAUGAUCUCCUAGAUCGAGUGCAGGGGUGCAGGUAUUUCUUUAAGAUAGAUUUGAAGUCCGGAUAUCAUCAGAUAGAGGUCCACCCUGAUGAUCAGUACAAGACCGCGUUCCUGACUAGAUAUAGGCAUUACGAGUUUCUAGUGAUGCCCUUUGGACUAACCAAUGCGCCAGCAACUUUCCAACGGUGUAUGAAUGACCUGUUUAGGCCUUGGUUAGAUAGGUUUUUUGUAGUUUACUUAGAUGACAUUCUAGUGUUUAGUAAGACCCUCGAAGAGCAUCAGGGUCAUCUCCGGCAGGUCUUGGAGAAGCUGAGGGAAGCUAACUUCAAGAUCAACGCAAAGAAGUGUGAAUGGGCAAAGACCCAAGUUUUGUAUUUCGGCCAUGUCUUAGACGAAGAAGGCAUCAAGCUCGAAGACAGCAAGAUUGCAGCGAUUAGAGAUUGGCCGACACCGCGUACGUUGACAGAGUUGCGGUCGUUCUUAGGCCUAGCCAACUACUGUAGGAAGUUCGUGAGGAACUUCUCCACCAUCGCUGCGCCCCUUCGCAGAUUGCUCAGGAAGGAGACCAUCUUGAAGUGGGAUAAGGACUGUACGUCUGCUACGGAGAAGUUGAAACAGGCGUUGAUAGAAUAUCCAGUCCUUAGAGUAGCCGACCCAUCCUUGCCCUUUGUCGUCACUACGAGUGCUAGUCAGUACGGCAUAGGUGUUGUGUUGCAGCAAGACGAUGGCCAUGGUUAUAGGCCCGUAGAGUUCAUGUCCGCUAGAAUGCCUUCAGAGAAGGUCGCGACAUCUACCUAUGAGAGGGAACUCUACGCUCUCAGGCAAGCCUUAGAACACUCGAAGCACUACUUGCUUGGGAGGCACUUCAAAGUCUAUUCCGAUCACGAAACGCCGAGAUGGUUAAAGACGCAGUCCAAGAUGACACCUAAGCUUACUAGGUGGGCCGCAGAGAUAGAUCAGUACGACUAGCUCAAGCCCGUCAAGGGGAAGUAUAACGUAGUUGCGGAUGCUCUGAGUAGGAGAGCUGAUUACUUCGGGGCAAUAGUGCAUUACUUAGACGUAG